CUCAGCCUUGCACCCCCGGGGUCGCCACUGUCUCACGUUGUCCAGAGCAGCCAGGGACUCCCCAUGUGUCUGUGGCUGACUUGAAUUUCUGAUCCUCUUGCCUCCACCUCCCGAGUGCUGAGAUUUCAGGUCUCUGGCUUCUCUGGAACACCCACUCUGGAGCCAUGGUUCAUGCCUUCCUCAUCCAUACCUUGAGGGCCCCAAAUUUGGAAGAUACAGGCCUUUGCCGAGUGCUCUACUCCUGUGUCUUUGGUGCUGAGAAGUCACCCGAUGAUCCACGGCCACAUGGUGCAGAAAGGGACAGGCUCUUCCGCAAGGAACAGAUUUUGGCCGUGGCCAGACAGGUGGAGUCACUGUGCAGGCUGCAGCAGCAAGCAUCUGGAUGUCCCUCCACAGACCUGCAGCCUCAGUUCUCAGAUGAGCCUGUGUCCUUGCAUGAGGCCCCUCAUGGAGCCUUCUACCUGGGAGCUGGGGACCCUUUCCAGGAGCCACAGACAGUGGUGUGGCUGGGUGUGCUCUCCCUAGGCUUUGCCCUGGUGCUGGAUACCCAGGAGAACUUGCUGCUGGCUGAGAGCACCCUUCGGCUGUUGGUCCGCCUCCUUCUUGACCACCUCCGGCUGCUGACACCGGGUAGCAACUUCUUGCUGCGAGCUGACCGCAUUGAGGGAAUCCUCACCCGCUUCCUGCCGCAUGGGCAGCUGCUUUUCCUCAAUGACCAGUUUGUCCAGGAGCUGGAGAAGGAAUUCAGUGCUGCUUGGCCCCGCUGACCCUCCCCUAGAAUGAGGCUUCUUGAAAGGACGAAGAGGGAGGGUAAAGAUUACAUACUUCCAGGAGAAGUUUGGCAUCUGCCUCGUGCCCAGGCUGCUUCCUAGUCUGAUGUAUGGUGGCAUUCAGGACAGAUUGAUUGGCCAAGCUGGCAGAAGAGGUCUGGGUAGAAGACAGGAGGCUGGCUGUGCCUAGUCUCAAUUCAGUGGAAUUACAGAGCAUCCUGAACCUGGAACUGCCGUGUGCCUUCUUACACUCUGGAGUGUCACCAUGGUAGUCCUUGACUCCACUUCCUUCCCGCUCUCCUAGCUGCCUGCACUGGAGCAGUUAAUGCCUGCCAAGACUUUAGCUCACCUUCUCUGUAACCCCAGCACAAAAGGAGUCUUUGAGACUCCCUUCAAGGGGAGGGAGCUGGGCUGGUACCCUGAUAUCUAUCUAUCUAUCUAUAUAUAGAUAGAUAGAUAUCUGCCAGGCAAGCUGAGAGCUAACAGCUUUUCUCGUCUGCUGGCUGGCAAAUGCCAGGCAUCUGGCCCAGGUGAUGUCUUACUUUGAAUUAAAAAUAAUGGCUGUCUGA